AUGUCUGGCUCUUCCUCCCCGGCUGGAAAGCCUGAGAAGACCAUGUCUUCAAACCUAUUGACCAUGAAGUUUAUGCGACGCGCUGCGGCUGCAAAGGAAACUCAAAGCCCAUCAUCUGAUGACAGCCCACACAAUUCCAAGCGUCCCCGUCUCUCUACCGAGGCUGAGAGCCCUCGUACCUCAGAUAUGGAUGCGAUUGCAGCUGCACUUGCUGCCGAAGAAGAAAAACGACAGCAAGCUGUCGCACGAGCAGCUGCAGAGGCGGGUGAGACACACUGGGUCCUAGAUGUCCCUGCGAUGCCCCAGUCCACUCAGCAGCCUGUGGUAUUGGCGGCAGACUCGUUGGAUGCAGACGAUGAUACCUACUCCGGUGGACGGCGUGCAUAUGGCAAUUUCAAGCGAAAAGAGCGCAAGGCACAAACCACAUCACGGAAGGAGGGCGAUGAGGAUGAUGAGGAUGAAGAUGAAGACAGCAUAAUCAACCCGUCCAAUCCCCAAGAGGUCACCAAAAUGAUGGAAAAGGCCAGACUCAAGGCAGAAGCCAAAGCAAGAGGAAGCUCACGACAGACGAAGCUGUCUGAACUCACCAGUAUAUCUGGGUCUGGCCGGGGGUCUUUGUUGGGAGCCCCAUCCUCUGACAAGAAGAAGAAGAAGCGCAAGAGCUGCUAA